AUGAAGGGGAAGGAGCGGUCCCCGGCCAAGGCCAAGCGGUCCCGCGGGGGCGGGGACGACCCGGCCCCCCGCGGGGAGCGGAGCAAGAAGCUGGGCGGCUCGGCGGGGAGCAACGGCGGCGGGAAGGCGGAGGGCGGCGGCGGCGGCGGCGCCCGGAGGAGCCUGCACCUGGAGAAGGCGAGCAGCCGGGGCGGCAGCCGCGAGUACAGCUACAGCUCCCCGAGCGCCAAGAACUCGGCGACCACGACGGCGGCCUCGUCGUCGUCCUCCUCCUCGGCGGCGGCGGCGGCGGCGGCGGCGGCGGCGGCGGCGGCGGGCGGCGAGUCCCGCGGCGGGUCCCGGGCGGGCGGGGAGGCCCGCUCGGCCGGCUCCUCCGGCCCGGCCCCGGCGCCCGGCGAGGGCGGCGAGUACAAGACGCUGAAGAUCAGCGAGCUGGGCUCGCAGCUGAGCGACGAGGCGGUGGAGGACGGGCUCUUCCACGAGUUCAAGCGCUUCGGGGACGUGAGCGUCAAGAUCAGCAGGCUGCCCGGAGGAGGCGGCGGCGGCGGCGGCGGCGACGAGCGGGUGGCCUUCGUCAACUUCCGUCGGCCCGAGGACGCGCGGGCGGCCAAGCACGCCCGGGGCCGGCUGGUGCUGUACGACCGGCCGCUGAAGAUCGAGGCCGUCUACGUCAGCCGCCGCCGGAGCCGCUCCCCGCUGGACAAGGAGGCCUACGCGCCCGCCGCCGGCCUGGUCGGGGUGGCGGCCGGGGGCGGGCACCGGCAUCCCCCCGGGGGAGGAGGAGGAGGAGGAGGAGGAGGAGGAGGAGGAGCGGGCACCGGAGGAGGCGGCGGUGGGCAGCGCGCCCUGUCCCCCGGCGGCGCCGCCCUGGGCUACCGGGACUACCGCCUGCAGCAGCUGGCCCUGGGCCGCCUGCCCCCCCCUCCGCCCCCGCCCCUGCCCCGGGAGCUGGAGCGGGAGCGGGACUACCCCUUCUACGAGCGGGUGCGCCCGGCCUACGGGCUGGAGCCCCGCGUCGGGGCCGGGGCGGGCGCGGCCCCGUUCCGCGAGGUGGACGAGAUCUCCCCCGAGGACGACCAGCGGGCCAACCGGACCCUGUUCCUGGGCAACCUGGACAUCACGGUGACGGAGAGCGACCUGCGGCGGGCCUUCGACCGCUUCGGGGUCAUCACCGAGGUGGACAUCAAGCGGCCCUCGCGGGGCCAGACCAGCACUUACGGCUUCCUCAAGUUCGAGAACCUGGACAUGUCCCACCGGGCCAAGCUGGCCAUGGCCGGCAAGGUCAUCAUCCGCAACCCCAUCAAGAUCGGGUACGGCAAGGCCACGCCCACCACCCGCCUCUGGGUGGGCGGCCUGGGGCCCUGGGUGCCCCUGGCCGCCCUGGCGCGCGAGUUCGACCGCUUCGGCACCAUCCGCACCAUCGACUACCGCAAGGGCGACAGCUGGGCCUACAUCCAGUACGAGAGCCUGGACGCCGCCCAGGCCGCCUGCACCCACAUGCGCGGCUUCCCCCUGGGCGGGCCCGACCGGCGCCUGCGGGUGGACUUCGCCGACACCGAGCACCGCUACCAGCAGCAGUACCUGCAGCCGCUGCCCCUGCCCCACUACGAGCUGGUGGCGGACGCCUUCGGCCACCGGGCCCCCGACCCGCUGCGGGGGGCCCGGGACCGCACCCCGCCCCUGCUCUACCGGGACCGCGAGAGGGACCACCUCUACCCCGACGCCGACUGGGUGCCGCCGCCGCCCCCGGUCCGCGAGCGCGGGGCCCGGGCCGCCGUGGCCGCCGUGGCCGCCUACGAGACGCUGGACAGCCUGGAGCGCCGGCGGGACGGCUGGUCCCUGGAGCGGGACCGGGGCGAGCGGGACCCGCCCGGCGGCCGCGACCAGCCCCGCAAGCGGCGCCCGCCCGAGGAGGGCGGCGGGCGCCACGCGGACCGCUCCCCGGACAGCGAGCGCUCGCGCAAGCGGCACUGCGCCGCCUCCCCGGACCGCAGCCCCGAGCCGGCCGGGGCCCGGGACCGCUACAACAGCGACCCCGACCGCUCCUCCCGCCUCCUGCUCCUGGACCGCCCGUCUCCCGUCCGGGACCGCAGGGGGAGCCUGGAGCGGGGCCAGGGGGACAAGCGGGACCGCAAGAACUCCGCCUCGGUGGAGCGGGAGAGGAAGCACCGCCCGGCCGCCCCCGCCGAGGGCAAGAGCCCGCUGAAAAAGGACGACCGGACCGACGGCGGGAGCGGGGCCGGCGCCGGCGGCGGCGGCGGCGGCGGCGGGGCCCGGCUCAAGUCCCCGCCCCAAAAGCAGGACGGAGGGGGCGGCGCGGCCCCGCCGGCCGCCGCGGCCCCUAAGCUCUGCCUGGCCUGGCAGGGGAUGCUCCUGCUGAAGAACAGCAACUUCCCUUCCAACAUGCACCUGCUGCAAGGCGACCUCCACGUGGCCAGCAGCCUCCUGGUGGAGGGAGCCACCGGGGGCAAGGUGGCCCAGCUCAAGAUCACCCAGCGUCUCCGCCUGGACCAGCCCAAGUUGGACGAGGUGAACCGGCGCAUCAAGGUGGCCGGGCCCAACGGCUACGCCAUCCUCCUGGCGGUGCCCGGCAGCUCGGAGAGCCGCUCUGCCGCGGCGGCGGCGGCGGCGGCCGCCGCCGCCGCCUCCACGGCCGAGGCCGCCACGUCGACCCAGCGGCCGCUCAGGAACCUGGUGUCCUACUUAAAGCAGAAGCAGGCCGCCGGGGUCAUCAGCCUGCCGGUGGGCGGGGGCGGCAAAGACAAGGAGAACUCCGGGGUCCUCCACGCCUUCCCCCCCUGUGAGUUCUCCCAGCAGUUCCUGGAUUCCCCUGCCAAGGCCCUGGCCAAAUCCGAAGAAGAUUACCUGGUCAUGAUCAUUGUCCGGGCCAAACUGGUGGACUGCGGAUGAAGAAAAUGGAAUUCUGAGCUCUAAUGGACCUUUUCGAAGAGAAGUGUGGCUAAUAUGGAGUUUACAUGGGCCUCUUGAUGGAAGAAAGCUUAUCUGUUUAGUAUUUGUGCAUUUUACUAAAAUGGCAGCUUAAAGUUGUGUAUCUGCUAUUGUGAUGCCAAUGCCCGUGUUUAAGUGGAAAAAAAAAAUGACCUCUUUGCUUUGUGCUGUGUACACAAGAUUUCUGGAAAAAGUAAAGGAAAACCCUUUUUAAGGCUCACACAGCUUGAAAGUAGCUGUCACUCAGAACGUGCGCUCACAGUUGAGCUGAUUUUGUUUCAUUCUAAAUAAAUUGUUUCUUUUGAGGAAAAU